AUGGGGCUCGAAAAGCAGCAACGGGUUAUGCUCGUGCUAUGCCUCAUAUUCGGACUAUGGCAUUUGGGUACACAAUGGACGACAACGUUGUUGUCCUUUCUUCAAUGGGAUACCACUGAAGUAAUGACCAUAGUCGAUUUGGGCUAUAUUCAAGCUUUUGGAAGUGUAUGUAAUGCAGUUGGUGCUUUUGGCUUCGGACAGAGUGAACAUACAUGCAUGCGUAAUAUUUCUCUUUUCUACAUUUCCCUAUACCAGGAGCCAUUUUCCUGUUUACUUUAUGUUGACAUUCACUAUGUUGACAUUUCGUUACAGAUGGCCGACACUGCCGGACCGAAAGCAAUGUUUAUGUUAUCGGCAGCCGCCAUGUUUAUUGGCCCAAUCAUCGGUUCAAAAAUCGCUGCCUACACGUCACUGCGAACUUCACAAUUCAUCUGUGGUGGUGCCUUACUGUUCACAUUAAUGCCGGUGUUGAUGUUCAUGCUGCCAACCACUCAUUCCAUUCCACGAUUGGCCACUGCACGUCUUCGGCCACAAGAUUACUGGCCCAUGAUCACGAAGAACACGGCACUUAAGGAGGGCCUCAUUCUUCGCGCUCUUGUUAUCUCGUCCUACGUGUGCUAUGAGAUGAUCUCAAGGAAUUUCCUUCUGCGAUCUUUCAUGAAGGACACCAAUGACUCAGCCAUUGUGCUACUCGUUAUGGCAAUCUCACUGCUUGGAGUGCAGUUCGUUGUUCUGCCUAUUAUACAACGGAGAGCGAGUCCACGAACUCUCCUGCAGAUCGCCAUGACCGCAUUAAUCUUGUGUUAUUUCAUCGUCUCCUUCACGACUUCAUUCGAGCAGGUUCUCAUCAUUACUGCCAUUCAAACCGGUGCAUAUGCUGUCGCCUAUGCUGAGUCAAGUACCCAGAUAACAAGUGCUGUUGAGAUCACGGACCUCGGUAAAGCUACGGGACUCGCUUCAACGACCCAAUGGAUCGCUCACUUUAUACUGCCCAUCUACGCUUCACAUCUUGUCGAUCACUACCAUUAUACCUAUGCCUUUUACACGUCCACUCUCCUGUCUACGGUUGCCUUAGUGUACGUGACAUUAUUCGCGAAAAACACAAACAACAGGAUGGCAACGGUAUUGCCAAGUCUCACAGUAACUUAUUAA